CCCUCCAGAGUCACUGGUUCCUGACUCUAACCAUAGAGACAUCGACAACUGCAGUGAAAUACCCAGAUUUAACAUUGUAGUCAAAGAGGAGGAGGAAGACUGGGAUGUGGAUGAUACUGGAGAGAAUCCUAACCCCGGCUCUGGUGAAGAGGCAUCAGCAGAACAACACCAGGAGAAUCCUGCGACUAAGAAGCCAUGGCGAUGCCCCCAAUGUGGAAUAGAAAUCGCUCACCCAUCCAAUAUCAACAGACACCUGAGAACACACACAAAACCUGCUAAGGAGUCUUCCGUCUGUCCAGUAUGUGGAAAAGACUUUGUUCACCCCUCCAAACUGAAGAGACACCGCCACACACAUACAGGAGAGAAGCCUUACCAGUGCUCUGUGUGCGGGAAGCGAUUCACACUGAAGCCCCACCUGGAAAGACAUCAGAUGACCCACCCUGGAGGGAAGCAGCCAGACGCGACAAAGAGGCACCCGUGCUCCGAUUGUGGAAAGGAAUUUUUCUCUGCAUAUGAACUGAAGAUGCACAUGAGAAAGCACACCGGGGAGAGACCUCACCAGUGCUCCUACUGCGAGAUGAGCUUUGGCUGUAAGGGAACUCUAUCGAGACACGUACGACGCCAUACAGGAGCACCCACACCGAAACCUUACCAAUGCUCACAGUGUGGGAAGAGAUACGAGUCACCGUCGAGGCUCAGGCAGCAUCAGACUGUGCACACUGGAGAGAAACCUUACAAGUGCUCUGAUUGCGGGAGGGGUUUCGCUUCGACCGAAGGUCUUCGCAAACAUCAAUGCAGUCAUGCCAGUAAUCAUAGCAACCAGUGUACACUGGGAAUUCGAGAUACGUCGUCAUCGGGCUGUCAAACUAUGAAUAUCAAGAUCGAAGACGAGGAACAGGAAAUUAAUGUCAAAGAGGAGGAGGAGGAAAUUGUUGUUUUUGUCAAUGGUGAUAAAGAAACCUUACCAGUGUACCACCUGUAAUCAGAGCUUUGUUCACCCUAGCUCUCUAGCAAGACACAAAAUAUCCCACACUAGUGUCACGCAGUACAGCUGUUCAGAAUGUGGGAAGGAAUUCAGCCAAUCAUGGACUUUCAAGAUACACAUGCAACAGCACACCGGAGAGAAACCACACCGCAGCUCUCCGUGUAAUAAGAGUUUCUCAGCUGUUGCACUUCUCAGAAGACACCAGAUGGUUCACACUAGGGUGAAACCUUACCCCUGCUCUCUCUGUAGGAAUAGAUUCUCCUCGUCAGCAAACCGAUCCAGUCAAAGACAUCAUGUCCUUGCCAAAGAAUGUAGCUGCUUCUUCCCUGAACCAAUCUCGUGGGAUCACAGGGAUCACAACAGCAGGUGUCUAUUCUAGUACCGGAUGUCAAAGUGAAAGAGAAGAAGGAAGAUCCUGCUUUUGGUGAACUGAAGCGUUUAUUUUGUACUAUUGCUUAGAUAUUGAAUGGGCCCAUACUUGUGACCUCUUGCUUAAACUUAGGCUUAGUUUCUUGAGAUCUCUUGCUUAAGCUUUUCCCAUGAAAUAACGUAGCCCUAUUCUAACACAACCAGCUGACAGCAUGAGAUAAUGUAGCCCUAUGUUAACACGACCAGCUGACAGCAUGAGGAAUCGUAACCCUAUGCUAACACAACCAGCUGACAGCAUGAGAUAAUGUAGCCCUAUGCUAACACAGCCAGUUGACAGCAUGAGAUAAUGUAGCCUUAUGCUAACACAGCCAGUUGACAGCAUGAGAUAAUGUAGCCCUAUGCUAACACAGCCAGCUGACAGCAUGAGAUAAUGUAGCCUUAUGCUAACACGAGCAGCUGACAACAUGAGAUAAUGUAGCCCUAUGCUAACACAGCCAGUUGACAGCAUGAGAUAAUGUAGCCUUAUGCUAACACAACCAGCUGACAGCAUGAGGAAUCGUAACCCUAUGCUAACACAACCAGCUGACAGCAUGAGGAAUCGUAACCCUAUGCUAACACAACCAGCUGACAGCAUGAGGAAUCGUAACCCUAUGCUAACACAACCAGCUGACAGCAUGAUUAUUUUCCUCGAACAAAUUCCACAACAGCCAAUAUUUUUACAUACUGUUUUAUAUAUAUAUAUUUCUACACUAUGAGGUUGGAAUAAUACUGUGAAAUUGUGAAAAUGAUGAUAAUGCCCUUUUAGUGUAAGAGCUUGUUGUAGAAACCCUUCCACAGGGACACUCAAAGUCAAUAUUAAAUGAUCUUUAUUGUCAGCAAGCUGGAGGGUCACAGUCAAACUCAGAUGCAUAAAGUACCUGUCUGAACAGGGCCGUUUAGUUCCCUUCUAUACUGGUUACAGACACGUCACAUAGGUCAUAGGUCAUAGGGAUGGUUCAGUCAAACUCAGAUGCAUAAAGUACCUGUCUGAAUGGGGCCGUUUAGUUCCCUUCUAUACUGGUUACAGACACGUCACAUAGGUCAUAGGUCAUAGGGAUGGUUCAGUCAAACUCAGAUGCAUAAAGUACCUGUCUGAACGGGGUCAUUUAGUUCCCUUCUAUACUGGUUACAGACACGUCACAUAGGUCAUAGGUCAUAGGGAUGGUUCAGUCAAACUCAGAAGCAUAAAGUACCUGUCUGAACAGGGGUCAUUUAGUUCCCUUCUAUACUGGUUACAGACACGUCACAUAGGUCAUAGGUCAUAGGGUUGGUUCCGGCAUGUGUCUGGCACCGUCUCCUAUCUUCACUUAUAGAACGGCCGGACGUGAUACAGGGGAUUCUGGGUGUUUUGACAAAUAGUCUCAAGGAGGAGGUAUUGAUGCUCAAUGCUCAUUCUAUUUAACUACUGCUGUACACACCUUUUCUAUUCAUAUACUGACCUUACUGUCUAUACACACCAUCUUAUAUAACUAUUGCUGUACAGAGCUUUUCUAUUCAUAUACUGUCUAUACACAACAUUAUAUAUAUAUAUUCCAGACUGUUCUGGUACAUUUUGGUGGGAUUUGUAUGUAUUGUUUUGUAUUGUUAGGUAACACUGCAAUGUUGGAGCUAGAAACAAUACCUGCUAUAACAACAGAAUGCAGAAUACAGCAGAAUACUGUGUGUACACGACCAAUAACAUUUUAUUUGAUUUUAAGUGGAACAGCCUUGAUUUGGAGGGUUAAAAUAUCCUUCUGGUGGUUAGCUCAGGGCUAACUGUGCCAGGUUAUCUCAUGGGAAAAGCUAACAUGUAGCAUUUCCUGGAAAAGUAUGGACCCUAUACUUUUACAAUAUUUAUUUUCUGUUUCGUCAGGAGCAAACAUUUUGACUUAGUCGGGGUGUUGACUAAUUUGAGUUAAUCCAUACGCAUGUUGUUGCCAAAGCAGAGAGACCUGACCACUGUUCAGAGAGUGAAGAGAGUCCCUCUGCAUCAGGAGAAGAAAAAAAAACUAUUUAGUGAGAAGGGAAUUCUGAACAGACACCAGAAAGUACACACUGGAGAGAAGCCAUACAGUUGCUCCGUGUGUGGGAAGAGUUACUCUUUAUCGUCAAGUCUCACAAAACACCAGAGAACGCUCACAGGAGAGAGCCAAGCCGCUGGACAGAGAUCACAACAGCAGGUGUCUGUAGCUGUAGAGGAGGCUGGUGUCAGUCUGGUACUCAGUGUUAAAGUAAAAUAGGAGGAGGAAGAUCAUGCCUUUGGUUGAGUUCAACGGGGUUAUUUUGUACUAUUUAUGUCGUUGUUUUACAAUUCAUUUAUUUCCUUUGGGUUAUUCAGAGUAGGAGAAACAUAGUUCAUUCGUCAGGACCAAACAGUUUGAUUUAGUCAGGGUGUUGACUAAUUUGAGUUCAUCCAUGCUAUCUUUUUCCCAUAGCAGAGAGACAUGACCACUGCUCCGAGAGCGAAGCAAGUCCUUUUACAUCAGGAGAACCUGAACAAAACCAGGAGAAUCACACAGCUAAGAGCUCUCAAUGCUGUUCAGUGUGAGGACAAAACUGCAACUACAUAUGAGGAUACACACAGGAGAGAAUCCUUACCCCUGCUCUGUGUGUGGAAAAGGUUAUCAGACCUUCACAAACACAUGACAACACACACCGGUGACAAACCUGCUCUGUGUGUGGGAAGCAAUUCAGUGAGAGGGGCAACCUUAACACACACCAGAAAAUACACACAGGAGAGAAACCUUACCCCUGCCCUGACUGUGGGAAGAGGUUUGCUCACACAGGAGCCAUGAAAAUACACCUGCUGAAGCACACAGUACUCCUGAAAUAGAAGUGGCUGCACACAGGAGAGAAACCUUACCCCUGCCCUGACUGUGGGAAGAGGCAGCCAUGAAAAUACACCUGCUGAAGCACACAGAAGAGGAACCUCACUCUUGCUCUAUCUGUGGAAUGACUUUCUUUACAUUGUGGAAUCUCACUAAACACCAGAAAAUACACACAGGAGAAAGGGGUCACGUCUGUGGGAAAGGGUUCUCUGAAUCCACACACCUGAGGCCCCAUCAGAGGAUGCACACUGGAGAGAAACCUUACCAGUGCCCUGACUGUGGGAGGGGCUUCUCACAAUCAGGAAGUCUGAGAAGACAUCAGCAGAUCCACUCUAGCGAGGCUGGCCAGGUCCCUGCUGAUGGUGAUGCUCUUGAUCCACCGACUGGCUGUACCUCCAACGACCAUCUGUCAACGUUACCUGAGCACCCCGAGGGCCUCCAAAAGAUACCUGGGAUUAGUGAUGCCUUAGAGGAACUGCAGGUAAAAUAAGAAGAAGUUGGUGGUGGUCUGAUCAGUUCUGAUGGAGAAGAAGUUGGGUUGGAUGCUUCUCAUCAUGGUAAGUGGAGGAGGUCCCAUUCUCUCCUAUUCUUCAUUAAGGGUGCGUUCAUUCACUCCCCCUUGUGGAUUCAAUAGGAAUGGAGUGAUGCAAGAAACUCCCUCGAGCCAAUGCUUUUACACUGACCCAGUAUUUUGUAAAUCAAUGAGGGGGAGUGAGCAGGUGUACAGUUUGGGGGAAAAUGGAAUCAGACUGCAGUCAAACAACAAUACCAUAAAAAAAUAGAAUUCCUAGGAAGGGUUUGGAAACUCUAACCCUGGUGAUUUGACUGGUAAACUCAUGGGGACACUCGCAAUGGCUGCGUUGUAUUGUGAUGCAAUCAUUUCCAUUUUGAAAUGUUCUAUCAACCGAUGCUGGAUUGCACUGCCUCACAUUCACUCUCAGCCAUAUUUGCUCGCAUUGCUGGUCCCGUAUUUUAGAAUUUCUCUGCAUUUUAUGCAUAAAUGUAUGGGAUAUUAGGAUCCUCUUGUUCUAACCUGGGUAUCUUCAGUCCACCCAUUGUGACAUCAUUGAAUUGAAUGAUUGGAUUCUAUUUCUAUAAACGAUCCAACAUGAACUCGUUUGCUGCUUUGUUAUUCCCAUGGGAGAGUUUAACCAGGAGGAGAGUCCCUCUACAUCAGCAAAACCUGAACAUCACCAGGAGAGUCACACAGCUAAGACCUCUCACUGCUGUUCAGUGUGUGGAAGAGACUGCCAAAAGCUUUCAUCGCUGGAAAGACACAUGAGAACUCACACAGGAGAUAAGCCGUACAGUUGUUCUGUGUGUGGGAAGCAGUUCUGUGUAAAAAAUACAACUUGAAACUACCAGAAAGUGCACACUGGAGAGAAACCUUACCCCUGCCCCGACUGUGACAAGAGCUUUGUGUUUGGGCAUGACCGUUUGUGCCGGAAUAAAGUGCCUAUUUUUCUUGAACCCUUUGCUCUCUGCACCUGACUCCUACCUUCCACUCCUAUUCAUCCGUGACAAAGCAUUUUUCUACGGCUGGACAUGCUUUCCACCUGGCUACCCGUAGCAACUCGUCCAAGCCUUCCCCAUUUCUCCUUCUCCCAAAUCCAGUCGGCUGAUGUUCCGAAAGAGCUGCAAAAUCUGGACCCCUACAAAUCAGCCGGGCUAGACAAUCUGGACCCUUUCUUUCUAAAAUGAUCUGCCGAAAUUGUUGCCACCCCUAUUACUAGCCUGUUCAACCUCUCUUCCGUGUCGUCUGAGAUUCCCAAAGAUUGGAAAGCAGCUGCGGUCAUCCCCCUCUUCAAAGGGGGAGACACUCUUGACCCAAACUGCAACAGACAUAUAUCUAUCCUACCCUGCCUUUCUAAGGUCUUCAAAAGCCAAGUCAACAAACAGAUUACCGACCAUUUUGAAUCCCACCAUGCCUUCUCCGCUAUGCAAUCUGUUUUCAGAGCUGGUCAUGGGUGCACCUCAGCCACGCUCAAGGUCCUAAACGAUAUCUUAACCGCCAUGGAUAAGAAACAAUACUGUGCAGCCGUAUUCAUUGACCUGGCCAAGGCUUUCGAUUUUGUCAAUCACCACAUCCUCAUCGGCAGACUCAACAGCUUUGGUUUCUCAAAUGAUUGCCUCUGGUUCGCCAACUACUUCUCUGAUAGAGUUCAGUGUGUCAAAUCGGAGGGUCUGUUGUCCGGGCCUCUGGCAGUCUCUAUGGGGGUGCCACAGGGUUCAAUUCUUGGACCGACUCUCUUCUCUGUAUACAUCAAUGAUGUCGCUCUUGCUGCUGGGGAGUCUCUGAUCCACCUCUACGCAGACGACACAAUUCUGUAUACUUCUGGCCCUUCACUGGACACUGUGUUAACGACCCUCCAGGCGAGCUUCAAUGCCAUACAACUCUCCUUCCGUGGCCUCCAAUUGCUCUUCAAUACAAGUAAAACUAAAUGCAUGCUCUUCAACCGAUCGCUGCCUGCACCUGUCCGCCCGUCCAACAUCACUACUCUGGACGGCUCUGACUUAGAAUAUGUGGACAACUACAAAUACCUAGGUGUCUGGUUAGACUGUAAACUCUCCUUCCAGACUCACAUCAAACAUAUCCAAUCCAAAGUUAAAUCUAGAAUUGGCUUCCUAUUUCACAGCAAAGCAUCCUUCACUCAUGCUGCCAAACAUACCCUCGUAAAAC